UAUUUUCCCUAGUAGCCAAUUACACGUGGUUGAUUGGCUUGUUGGGAAUUGAGCCUAUGUUCUUUUAGUUUCGUGUGUCUAUGUGUAUCGCGUAAGCAAAUAUCGUUUAAAUAGACAAUUUUAUUAUGGCUUGUCCAUUAAAACGGUGGGGCCAAAAUGCUCAAGACGGAGACCAGUUGGAUGAUGAAGCAGGGAUGUUAUAUGGGGAAUACCUGAUGUUAGAUAAAGUUUUGGGAGCACAAAGAAUGCUUAGUGAAGCCAGUAAAAAUCCGGUGCACGAUGAGCAUCUUUUUAUUAUUACUCACCAAGCCUACGAACUUUGGUUUAAACAAAUUAUAUUUGAACUGGACUCUGUAAGGAAUAUUUUUAGUGAAAUAUUGGAGGAAACUCAAACAUUGGAAAUUCUGAAGAGGCUUAAUCGAAUAGUGCUGAUUUUAAAGGUAUUGGUAGAUCAAGUGAUGAUUCUUGAAACUAUGACCCCAUUAGAUUUUAUGGAUUUCCGCAGCUAUCUGAGACCCGCGUCGGGAUUUCAGAGUUUGCAGUUUCGCCUUCUAGAGAACAAGCUGGGAGUAAAAACUGAAAAUCGUGUGAAAUAUAACAAGAAUUACACAAAAGUUUUCGGAAAUGAUGAAGAAGCCUUACUAAAAAUAAAACGCUCGGAAAGUGAACCAUCUUUAGCCCUAUUGGUAGAAAGAUGGUUAGAGAGAACCCCUGGGCUUGAGGUUGAGGGUUUUAACUUCUGGGGCAAGUAUGAAAAAGCUGUUAAUUUACUUUUGGAAAAGGAAAAACAAAUUGCUCUGGCUGAAUCUGUCGAGUCAUUAAAACAGUACCGCUUAAACGAUUUAGAACAAAGAAAGGAGGUAUACGAGUCAAUUUUUCGUUCGGAUAUUCAUCAGGCACUUCUGAGUCGAGGCGAUAGGAGAUUUUCGCAUAAGGCUUUACAAGGAGCUAUUUUAAUUACAUUUUAUAGAGACGAGCCUAGAUUUAGUCAGCCCCAUCAGAUUUUAAACCUGCUAAUGGAUAUUGAUUGUUUAAUAACAAAAUGGCGAUAUAAUCAUGUUUUAAUGGUUCAGAGAAUGAUUGGCUCCUCACAACUUGGGACUGGUGGUUCAUCCGGGUACCAGUAUCUUCGCUCUACUCUCAGUGACCGCUAUAAGGUAUUUGUGGACCUCUUCAAUCUAUCAACUUUCCUCAUCCCACGCUCUUAUAUACCGCCUUUAACGUCUGAUAUGCGAAGCAAAUUAUGCCAUUGGCGUAACGGUAUAUCUAAUGGUGAUCCGAACGAUGACUUGGGAAAUGGCAAAAACGGCCUGGAAAUUGAAUCAAAUGGAUUUGAAGAAGAUAUUGUAUGAAAAUAAAUAAUAUCUUAGGAAUGAUCACUCAACUCAGACUCCCUUGCCCAGUAAUGCAGCUUUAUUGAAAGUGAUUAAUGGAAAUUAUUUAUAUAGAAAGAGAUUUAAAAAAAUAUAUUUUUUGUUGCUAAAAUAUUGUCAUUUUGUUAUUGUUUUCAAAUAGAUUUAAUAAUAUUGUUAUUAAAGAGACCGAUGUUUUUCCUGUUUCUAAACUUUAAUUAAAAUGACAAAUAAUGACAAUACUUAAACAGCUUUCAUGACAUCCAUAUAUGUCAUCAUAGAUAAAAUGUGACAGUUUUUACGAGAAAAUAUUAUAACAAAGUUUAUUGUUAUUAAGUUUUUUAGCUUGGCUUAUUAUAUAUUUCAUAUAACAAUGCAGCCGCUUUUCUUAAAAGUACUUUUUUAGGCGACAUUCAUAUAAAUAUAUUUUUACUUCUCUGUACUUUCUCUGUACUAAGGAAAAUUACGGUUGUAAAUUACAAAAAAAUUUGACAUUUACACAUUAAUAAUAUAUAAAAUAAAUUUAAAGUUUUUGUAUUUUCGAUUGUACCAGAAUUGAUGAACCUCAACUAAUAUUUAAGCUAUUUUUUCCAGUUAAUCAAUAUUUUUUUAAUUUGGUUUUGUUUUCAACGAAAACAAAUAGACGAAUAAAUAAAAAUUAAAAUAAAAAAAUGUUUAUAAGUUCCACUACAACUUUCAAUUUUGUAAUAUUCACAUUUGGAAUGAAUUAUUUAAGUAAAUUAUUUUUAUAUUUUUUUAAAAUUGAAAAUAUCAAAUACAUACAAAAUAUUUAAGGAAAAAUAUAGAAACUCUAAUUUAAUUUUAAAUGUCAAAAACACAUAGCUUUUGCUUGUUACAAUAUAAUACUUAAUAAUUUAAAAUCCUCCUAAUUUUUAAAAGUCCUCCCAAAUAUUAUAAAUCCAUAUAUUUUAAUCUGUUUAUAUAAACAAGUCGCAUAGAUUUAGGUCUGCGUUGUAAGGUGGUCAAUCAACCCUCUCGAAGACAGUUCAUUGUAAAUUGACUAUAUAUCUUUAUUAAUUUGUCUUUAAGAGCUUUUUUAAUUUUAAUCGAUGAAAAACCGCUGAAAAGUGGAUUGUUUAUUUACUACUAUGUCUGAAGUUUUUUAUAGUAUUCUGUAACUUAUCAUUGAUAUUGGUAUUCCUAAGAAAAAAGUUUCUAAACGAAAACUUCGUAAGUGAUUUAAUGCCGAAUUGCAAAAGCUUACUAUAGCAAAAAAGCGGGUUCACAUGAUUCUUAAGAAUACUGGUGGGUAUUUGGAUUACUUAAAUUUUUUUAGGCUCCGAAAUUAGUGUAAAUCCUUAUCGAAAUAUUGUUACAGAGAAUGUGCUACUCGUUAUGAGUCUUUCUUGUUGAUUAAGGGAAAUAUCCGGCAGUUUUGGAAGUUUGGGAAUUCCAAACGUAGGGUUAAAAGCUUUCCAUCUGUUAUGUUCUAUGGCAACAAUCACUGUAAUUUAGGUCCUGAGGUGCCCGACCUUUUUAGAGAAUAUUUUAGGUCUGUUUAUAGUAUUGAUACUGACUUAAAUAGACCUAAAGUUUUAUCUUUUGGUCCGGUUUCUUUUACCGCUCUGAAUAUUACGAUUUCUUCUAUAUACAAAGAGAUCAUAAAGUUAAAAACAUAUAAGUGCCCUAGUCCUGAUCGAGUAUCUCUAGCUUCGUUACAGUGUUGCAGUCUUAUAAUCUCUCGACCUUUACACAUUAUUUUCAACAAAUCAUUGUCAACUGAAUUAUUUCCUAAAUGGUGGAAGGUCAGCUAUUUAACUCCAAUAUGCAAAUCUCGAAAUAGGGAAGAUAUUACAAACUAUAGGCCAGUAUGUAACAUUAGCAACAUUUCUCAACAUUGGAGGAACAAUAUGGGUUCCUCAAAGGAAAAUCUACUGAUCUUAUUUUGUUAAAUAUGUCGAUUAUCUGUCGGAGAUUUUGGAUUAUUCCGGUGUAUAGUUCUCGCAAUAUUUACCAACUUCUCUAAGGCAUUUGACAGGAUCAGUCAAACUAUUUUACAGAAAUUGGAAGCUGCUGGUAUUGGUGGUAGUAUGUUAUGUAGAUUCAGAGUUACCUUGAAGAUCGCACUCAAAUAGUAAAGGUACACAAUUUUCAAAUUUCAUACAAAAUUCAAAUUUACAAAAAAAGAAAUCACUGUGCCUUCAGUUGUUCUUUAGGUGGGCCCCCUGUUGUUUAAUGUCUUUAUUAAUGACAUUUCUAAGCUUUUUCUUUACUCAAAAUUUAUUUAUUGCUUUUUAUGCUUUAAGGGCUUUAUGUCUGUGUCAUUUGUUCAUGACUGCUGCCCACUGCAGGCUGAUAUAGAAAAGCCGGAGCUGUGGUGUCAAUGUAAUGGCAUGAAAGUGAAUACACCCUAGUACCAUUUUCUGUGUUUCUCGAAGAAGAAAAACAAUUUGAUUUUUGAGUACAAAAUCAGCAACAGCUCAUUGAGUGGAUGCCCUCUAUUGUAGACUUGGGAGUUACAGUUCUUUGCUCGUUAUCUUUUGUAGAACACACUGAUAAAAUUAUAUCUAAGGCUGUAAUCCAAGGAUAGUUGUACUGUUGAUUUUAUUGAUCCUUUAUCUAUGAGACAAAUAUAUUGUUUCUUAAUUAGAGCUAUUAUUGAGUACUAUUUAUCUAUAUGGAUACCCGCUUAAACUUGUUACAUUCACAGAAUUGAACAGAUGCAAAGAAAGUUUUCACGUUUUAUGGCUUUUAAGUUUGAUAUUAUGCCUCGGGAGAGUUUUUGUUAUGACUAAUGGCUAUGGAACUCCUCAUGAGCCUUUUCUCUGAAGGAUAGAAGAGAGAAGCUGAAUUAAAAAUGUUUUUUAAAGUUGUGAACUCUUUAGUGGAUAAUUAGUACUGUCGGCUUCCAUAGGACUUACUGUUCCAACAAAGCCUAUCAUAAAGAUUAUUUUUGUCCUUUAUAGCUUAUGUUUUAAGUGCUAUGUAAUAUUAUUAAUGUAGGUAGUUACUUUAUCUGGUGUUUGCUUUAUUAUUGUAAUUUAAUGGACAAGUCUCGUAAAUAAAUAAGUAAAAAAAUACUAAAAUCAGGUUUUUUAGUUAUUAGUUAUUAAAAUCUUACUAAAUUUGUAGGUUUUCGAUGAUAUAUUCGUAUUUACCCAAGCCUGUUAAUUUAUAAGCAAGUAUUCAUAUUAUUUAAUCGUUAUUUACCAAAAAAAGUUGUAAUCUCAAUUUUUGCUGAAAUAAAUGUCGAAAAUUUAAUUUGUUAACCUACUAGUUUUUAUAUUCUGUUAUUCCACUUUAUAAGGAGGUAUUUAUUACUAACUUUAGGUUUUUUAUGAAGGAGAACUAUAACGAUAAAUAAAAGGACUUUCAAAUUUUAAAAGAGUUUUCAUAAAAAACUACUGUUUUUUCAACUAAAUUUUUUAAUUUAAAAAAUUAUUUAUUUUCUACUAUUAGUUAUUUACAUAGAAUAUAAAAACAUCCUAUCACAAUUCUGAGGAGGAGCCCGAUUUAAGUUAACGAGGUUGACAUCUUUUUUGGUAUGAUCAGAAAUGUAAAAACUAUCGAAGUUAUUUAGUUUUACCAUGGUGAUUUUUUUAAUAAACUAAAAGCAAAUAUGUACAUCCUAUGCUAAGUUGUGGUUUUAAUAAUCAUUUGUUUCGUUAGGUUUGUGGUUUUAGUUUAGUGCUUCAAAUUGAUUUUCUAGUUGAGAAAAUUAGGAAUAAAACAUGAAAAUCUUAGUAACAGCAAUAUUAAAUAAAUAAAAUAAAACUA